AUGGUCACCGUUGCGAUAUCCGCGUCCAAACCCGGGUCUCUCACCCGCAAGCUCCCAGAAGCGGUGACGUUUGACAAGCCUCUGGAUGCGGUGACCAUCCUUGACGUGAAAAAGGCCAUUGCGGCUAAAAAUCCCAAAUUCUACACUUCACGCCAGAAGUUGUCUCUCAAGGGUGACAACAAAGCCCUCCCGGAUGGCAAGACUCUGAAGGAGGUUGGCGUAACGGGAAACGCAGAGCUUUCUGUGAAGGAUCUGGGACCUCAAAUAGGAUGGAAAACUGUCUUUGUGAUUGAAUACGCAGGCCCCCUCGUCAUUCACCCUCUCAUCUACUACCUUCCGCAACUCUUUUAUGGUGGCCCCGUACAGCACAGCACACUUCAGACAUAUGUGUAUGCUGGUGUGAUGUUCCACUUCAUCAAGCGCGAACUUGAGACCUUGUUCAUUCACCGGUUCUCACACGGCACGAUGCCUUUCCGGAAUGUCUUCAAGAACUCCGCGCACUACCACCUACUGUCGGGUCUCCUCCUUGCGUACGCCAUCUACAGUCCUACGUACUCAGCGAACUCGCCUUGGAUCCGUGGCACGAUUCGCGAGAACCCCACCUUCCUCAUGUCAUGCAUGGGGGCCUUCCUGUUCGCCGAGCUUUCCAACUUGAGUACCCAUCUCACUCUCCGUAACCUGCGCCCUGCGGGCACGACCACGCGCGCCAUCCCCAUGGGCUACGGCUUCAGUCUCGUCUCCUGCCCCAACUACUUGUUCGAGACCAUCGCGUGGACGGCCAUCACCGUGAUGACUGGAAGCUGGGCCGCUGCUUUGUUCUGGGUCGUGGGCACCGGCCAGAUGGCCGUCUGGGCCAAAGACAAGCACCGCAACUACAAGAAGCAGUUCGGCGACAAGUACCCCCGCGGGAGGAAGGCGAUGUUCCCCUUCGUCUUCUGA